UCACACAGAUGCCCUACUGCUCCUGCUGCCCAGCAUCCUCCACUGCCAGACAUCCCUGCAAAGAAGGAGAAAGAUCCUUGAGAGUGAGAACAAGAAGUGCAUUUAGAAAGAAAAGCAAUCAUGAGUCACUUUUCACAAUCAAGCCGCACUUCCUACCGCCGCACUUUUGGUGGACCUUCCACCAUGUCCCCCAUGCCUGCCUACACCUCGUACUCUUCCCGUUACCUGAGCCCGGCCCCGGCUUCCGUGUCCACGCGUUCUUUCAGGGUCCGGUCCAGUGGUCCGGCUCCAUCGGUUCCUCGCCUCUCCUAUGACAAAGUGGACUUCUCCUUGGCUGAUAGCAUCAACCAGGAGUUCCUCAGCACACGCAGCAAUGAGAAGCAGGAGCUGCAGGAGCUGAACGAUCGCUUUGCGAUCUUCAUCGAGAAAGUGCGCUACCUGGAGCAGCAGAACGCAACACUCACCCAUGAGCUCAACCAGUACAAGGGCAAACAUCAGCAGGGACAUCCGAACCGCGCCAGCCAGCUCUGUCAGGAUGAGAUGAGGGAGAUGCGCAGACAGGUUGAUCUCAUUGGGAAGGAGCGAGAUCAGAUGCAGGUGGACAGAGAUAACAUGGCUGAAGAUCUGGCCUUGCUCAAGCAGAGGUUGGAUGAGGAGACUCAGAAAAGACAAGAUGCUGAGAACCAACUGAUCCUGUUCCGAAAGGAUGUGGAUGAUGCCACUUUGGUCCGUUUGGAGCUGGAGCGCAAAAUCGAGUCUCUGAUGGAUGAGAUUGAAUUUCUCAAGAAGCUGCAUGAUGAGGAAAUCCAAGACGUGCAAGUGAGCUAUGAAACCCAGCAGAUGAAAAUGGAGGUGGAGGCCACGGUACGCCCUGACCUGACUUCGGCUCUGAGAGACAUCAGGGCUCAAUAUGAAAACAUUGCAACAAAGAACAUGCAGGAGUCCGAGGAGUGGUACAAAUCCAAGUUUACUGACCUGACCGAUUCUGCCAAGCGCAAUGCUGAUGCCAUGAGACAGGCCAAGCAGGAGGCCAACGAGUUCAGGAGGCAGAUUCAGAGCCUCAACUGUGAGAUUGAUGGCCUUAAGAGCACGAAUGAGGCUCUGCAGAGGCAGAUGAGGGAAAUGGAGGACCAGUUUGGACAGGAGGCUGGAAAUUACCAGGACAACAUCAACCGUCUGGAGGAUGAGAUCCGCCACCUGAAGGAUGAAAUGUCCCGUCACCUGAGGGAAUAUCAAGACCUGCUUAAUGUCAAGAUGGCCCUGGACAUUGAGAUUGCAACUUAUAGGAAGUUGCUAGAAGGAGAGGAAAGCAGAAUUGCCGUUCCUGUCAUGAACAUAUCAUCAUUCAGCAUGCGCAAUGGGGAUUAUGACCUGCCCCAUGAUGCUGGACAUGGUAAAAAAGUUGUGAUCAAAACUGUUGAGACCCGUGAUGGAGAGGUGGUGAAGGAGUCCAGGAAGGAGAAAGACACCCCUCGAGAUACUAAGGAAUCUAACUGAGAUGUUCAGGAAUUGAGGACCCAAGAAAGUGCAGGCUGGAGCAAAACAUACACAAAAUAAUAACACAUGUAAUCUGUUUAAGCCUUUAAUCUGAUAUUUACUACUGAUAGAAAAAAACGUUUCAAGAAAAUAUUGCCAUUCAUUUUAACUUAAUACUGUGAUUCUGAAUGGGGUGCAUACUAUCACUGCGCAAUGGUGCUAACAACUUAGCCUUAACCAUAACAUUUAGGCAAACUGUCAAAGAUGCUCUAUAUAUCAUCUCCAUUUACAAAGUUCAAUAUACACCCAGUUAUCAUAUUCUGAUAAAAAAAAAAAACAUGGUUUUAGCCAAAAUGAAGUCAACCAGUCACCUUUUAAACACCAGUGGUGGCCUUUAUUUACAGCAAAUGUUUUCUACAUCUCUCAUGCAUGUGAAAAUUACACCCAUCCUAAGGCGCGAUAUAUCCAUUUAAUCUGCUUUCUCUGCAUCUCUGCAUUUAAUCUCCUUCUAUUUCACCUAUAUAGAGUAACAUCAUGAGUAGUCAUAGUUUAGUUGUUAUUCCUGUAAUGUAAGCACUUUUGGCCUCACCAGGCAGCUUCAAAUAGAAUGUGAUUUAUGUCUCAAGAUCCACCCCAUUCACCACAGUCUGAUCAACUGAACAUGAUUACUGCAGCAUUACUGAGAAUGAAACAAAGCAAAUGUUUGGGGAAAUAAAGCCAAGUGAAACAAAAAA